AUGGGCAACUCUGACUCCAAAUUACACUUCAGAAAAGCGGUUAUCCAGCUCACAACCAAAACACAGCCAGUGGAGGCCACAGAUGAUGCCUUCUGGGACCAGUUCUGGGCUGACACCACCACCACAGUGCAGGAUGUGUUCGCUCUGGUGCCGGCCGCGGAGAUCCGUGCCGUCCGAGAGGAAUCACCCUCCAAUCUGGCAACCCUGUGUUACAAGGCAGUGGAGAAGCUGAUCCAGGGGGCAGAAUCAGGCUGUCCGUCAGACAGGGAGAGACAGACAGUUCUGAACUGCAUCCGUCUUCUCACCCGGAUCCUGCCCUACAUCUAUGAGGACCCAGACUGGCGCGGUUUCUUCUGGUCCACAAUACCCGGUGCCGGACACUCAGGGGAAGAGGAAGGUGAUGAUGACUACGCGCGGCCGCUGGCGGAGUCUCUCCUGCUCGCUCUGGCUGACCUGCUCUUCUGUCCAGACUUCACUGUCCAGAGUCACAAGAAGACAGGACCGGACCCAGGUGAGGCUAUGCAGUCCAUAGACACCUGUGAAUACAUCUGGGAGGCAGGAGUCGGCUUUGCCCAGUCUCCACCCCUCAACUACCUUCACGACCUCAACAGGACGGAGGUUUUGAAGCUGCUGCUCACCUGUUUCUCUGAGGCCAUGUACCUGCCUCCGUCAGCCGACUCCAACACCAUUAACCCAUGGGUCAGGUUCUUCUGCUCCCCUGAUAACAGGCACGCCCUGCCUCUCUUCACGUCUCUGCUGAACAUGGUGUGUGCGUAUGAUCCUGUUGGCUACGGCAUCCCCUACAACCACCUGCUCUUCUCAGACCACCGGGAGACGCUGGUAGAACACGCCCUGCAACUUCUUAUAGUUACACUGGACCAGGAGGUUCACACAGCCAACACCGCCGCUGCUGACUCCUCCACACAGGACUCCUCCAGCUCCACCUCUGCUCUGGAGGAUCCUGAGGCUUCAGGACCAGAAAAUCUCUUUGUGAACUACCUGUCCAGGAUCCACAGAGAAGAGGACUUUCACUUCAUCCUGAGGGGUGUGGCCAGACUUCUGACCAACCCCCUGAUUCAGACCUACCUGCCUAACUCUACCAAGAAGAUCCAGUUUCACCAGGAGCUACUGGUGUUCUUCUGGAAACUAUGCGACUUCAACAAGAAAUUCCUUUUCUACGUGCUAAAGAGCAGUGAUGUUUUGGAUAUACUGGUGCCCAUUCUUUUCUAUCUGAAUGAUGCCCGUGCUGACCAGUCCCGGGUUGGUCUCAUGCACAUUGGUGUAUUCAUCCUCCUGUUGCUGAGUGGAGAGAGGAAUUUUGGUGUGCGUCUGAAUAAACCCUAUGCAGUGCGCGUGCCCAUGGAUAUCCCCGUCUUCUCAGGGACUCAUGCUGAUCUCCUCAUAGUGGUUUUCCACAAGAUCAUCACUUCUGGACAUCAGCGUCUCCAGCCCCUCUUUGACUGCCUGCUCACAAUUGUCGUGAAUGUUUCACCUUAUCUAAAGAGUCUGUCCAUGGUGGCUGCCAACAAGCUGCUUCAUCUCCUGGAAGCAUUUUCCACCAGUUGGUUCCUCUUCUCCAGCUCUCAGAAUCACCACCUGGUCUUCUUCCUGCUUGAAGUCUUCAACAACAUCAUCCAGUAUCAGUUUGACGGUAACUAUAACCUGGUGUAUGCCAUCAUUCGCAAGCGCAGCAUAUUCCACCAGCUUGCCAACCUGCCCUCUGACCCCUUGUCCAUCCAGAGGGCCUUGCAGAGGAAGAAGAGGACCUCUACUGGCAUGUCUCGCACAAACUCCCAGGAGACCGUCUCCAUGGAGGGCUCUCGCCCAGCCGUGCCCGCUGAACCGGGCACUCUGAAGGCCAGCCUAGUGGCUACGCCAGGGAUUGACAAAUUGACAGAGAAAUCCCAGGUGUCUCAGGAUGGCACCAUGGUAUCUGUCCAAAAGGAUGAUGCCUCACAGAAUCAGACAGAGAACAGUUCUCUGGUAGGACCAUGCGACACUGAGUCCAACUCAGCCAAGAGCAAUGAGGUAAAACCCAGUGCUAAUCCAGAAACAUCUCGUGUGUCAUCGGCAGGACACUGGGUUCCUUCCUCAGACUGGGUCCUCUCUUGGAAGAGUAAACUUCCCCUACAGACUAUAAUGAGGUUACUGCAGGUGCUUGUUCCACAGGUGGAGAAGAUCUGCAUUGACAAGGGUCUAACAGAUGAGUCAGAGAUCUUGAAGUUCCUGCAGCAUGGUACCCUGGUGGGUCUGCUCCCUGUCCCACACCCCAUCCUCAUCAGGAAGUACCAGGCCAACGCUGGCACAGCCAUGUGGUUCCGCACAUACAUGUGGGGAGUCAUCUACCUCCGUAACGUGGAUCCUCCAAUUUGGUAUGACACGGAUGUCAAGCUCUUUGAAAUUCAGAGGGUGUAA